AACUCCAAAAUCUUUUCAUCCAUACAGCUCUUUUCUUCUUCUUUUAUUAUCAUCUUCUUGCGUUCCUCUCCAUGCUCGUGAUAAAUCGAUACAAAGUGCAAAGCUCUCUGGACGUACACACGAUAUUGUUUGGAAUAACUUUGUUCGCCCGCGGAUCCGUCCAAUAAAGAUUUUCACCAAAGUGGAGAGUUUCAACAAGCUCGAGUGCGACGGUGUUUGGCCAUUGAAGUGUAUGACAGCAGUCGUAAGACUAAGAGAUCCAUAUAUCUGACAAAACACAACGAAUAUAUCAUUGAGUUUUAGUAAUUCGAUCAUUGAAUUAUAUUUUGUUCUUAAAACGUUCUUCAGAAGACAAACGGUAGCAUAAUCAUCGAACUGCGGUCAAGUUUGGGGUGAAUAUUAUAUCGCCUAGUUCAAUGACAGCUCUAUCAUGUGAUUCGACGACUUUGAAAUCGGUCCAAGGUGACGUCACAAAGGAACUGGAUAGACGAUGAGAGACUAAUAUCGGGGAUUCUCUUUGCACGUGUCUGAAACUGAAAAGGGGGACAGAAUGAACGAAGAGAAGUCUAAACCAGUCAGCGCCCCUGCGCGGGUAACAAGUCGUGACGAUGUCUGGAGGGACAUCCGCAGCUGGGCUAAACCCAGUCGACGAACUGACGACGACGACGAUGAAGAAGGCGGUGAACAGGGCCGCAUCAUUGGUUCCCAGGUCAAAGACAAUAUCACAGAGCAACGGCUCCUCGAAAACAGACUCCUUGAUUUAUCGAAAGAGAGGUAUAAGUUUAUUGUUCAUGUCGCAUGGCAGAGGAAAGCGUUCAUGGACAAGCAGAAAUGUAAGACGAGUGUGAUGAAGGACCUGCUACGAAAUGUCGAGACCGUGGAUACGAGUGCACCGGCAGUACAAAAGGGAAAGAAUCAGCGGAGCCGGUUGAACGAGAAACUCGAAACUUACCGCGAUCUGGUGCGUAAGACAUACAGUGAGCAACGCAAGAAGGAACUGCAGACGUGCCAAACGGAUCCGGAAGAAAUCAGGCCGAUCAUACCGGGAACGUACGACGAUCCGUUGUACAAAACCGAACCGACAUUCAGCGCGCGGAACAAGAAGCGAAGCGCGUUCGAAUCGGGUAGACGACGAGGACCACAGAAUCCGACGAUGUUUCCCGCGAUUCAACCGCCUGAAAAGACCCGACAGCAGAGCGUACCGCCGAACCACAUGCGACGGGGUAUAAGUCGCGGGAGCAGCACCAACCGCUUACCGGACACAGCCGGGAUGAGACCGGGUGUAGCAACCGCCCCAGGACACAACGGUACAAUGACGUCAUCAGCAGAACGCAUACCUCGCUAUUUAAAAUACCGCUCGGUUUACGACGGAAGGUUUAAAGGACUUGAGAGGUCCCUGUCGGCGAGUUACGACGGCAAGUCAGGACAGAGCAUUGAGAACAUUUUGAAUGGGCUCCCGCGGAGCAUGUCUGUUGCUCUAUAGCUUACACCAGCUUCAUGAAAUAUAUUGGCUGCCUCAUAGCUGAGUUGAACCUCUCUCAAACUUUGCCGUGAUGGAGGCAACUCGAGGUGAACUCGGGACAUCUAAUGUCAAUACGAGUAACUACGAUUAGCGCCGAGUCACAUCGAGUUAUUUACGAUUGUGUACGAGUUGUGCCGAGCUCGCUCGUGGUCCACAGCAGAGAAUGAGGCGGGCUUAAUGAUGGUCAUCAAAACUAAAAUAUGAAAUAAAUCUCUUUUUGUUGUCAUUAAUAUAUUAUAAGAGAAGAUUUACAAAAUUUAUGAAUCAUACCACAUCAUCAACUGGAUGUCACGUCAUAGUGCGAGUGCAACAUGCUUUAACCAUGCGGGGGGGGGGGGGGGGGGGUGAAAGUCUACUACUAACAUGAUGGCAAGUACUUUGAAAAAUAAAUCGAAGAAAAUUUUAUUUAUUCUUUCCAUAACAUAUUGAAAUGAAUGCUAUGAGAUGUACUGUGAGGUAUUGUAAUUGCCCUUGAGUUGAUUAACUGAAAGUUUUUGCAAUCUUGUUUUCUAAUUUUACGUGUGUCGGAGAUAAAAGCCAUCUCAUUCGUAAUUAAACACUCUGUCUGCUGUAUAGGGACAGAUGAUGAAAUGCUGCAGAUUAGUGUUACACGCCUGUACCCUGACUUCCAAAGAAGACGAUUUAAUCAUUAUUGAUACUCCAAAUAUCGAACAUUUAGGUGGCAAAUGAAACUGUUUUUUGUUUCUCAUAUAAACAGUGAAAAGGGGGCCAUGAGUGAGACGGGACAGAGAGGGUAGAAACACGUUGUGUGCGUGAAAGAGAGAGAAUAAAAGAGAGUAGAGAGAGAGAGAGAGAGAGAGAUUUUGGGAGGAGGGGGGGGGGGGGGCGGAGGCAGAAGGAAUAUUUUCAGAGAAUCUAAUAUAUAUUAGAGGUUGGGUCGUAAUAGACCAGUUUGGUAAUGUAAUCAAAUUCAAUGUAUAAUUCCAGUUUGGUGAGUGCCAAGUUACUAAUUAUUCCAUUUACCUGUUACGAAUAAUUGUAUUCCAAAAGUCAGAACGCGAAUUGAUGCUACAUAGGACCAACAUAAUGGCUUAUCCUACCUAACAAAACGUCAUAAUACACGCCAGUCCCAUUCCGACUAUUGAAAUACAAUUAUUCGUAAGAGGUGAAUAAGAUAAUUUUGUAACAUGGCACUUAACAACGAUUGAAUGCAUUCAUUUUAAAUCCAUUACGAAAAUGGUCUAUUGCCAUUCACGAUUAUCGACUUUGUUUGGGACAUCCAUCACUCGUAUUUUGAUCAGUGAAUUUAAUUAAUUGUUCUGGGGUGUAGUGAAGGUAUAUUUACGUUUGAGGGUUGUAGGGUGUUUUUUUUUUCUUGGACCAAUAUUAUGUACGCUUACUCAAUACUUAUGCUUUUAAUGUCUGUAAGUUCUAUAACAGGGAUACUCACUUAGGACUUCAAUUAUUGGUCUUUAUAUACUUCAGUUGUACUGUGUAUGCUUUCUACAUCGUUUCCCCCAAAAUAUUUCAGUAUACUUCAAAGCAUUCGACAUUUAGAUAUCAAUAAAGCUUUGAAAAACCACUGCAAACGCCCAGACAUUGAUGUGUUAAAUUUAUGCUUAAAAAUGUUAUUCACUGUCAAGUUUGUAAUAUUUAAUGAUGAUGAAUAUUGAAAAA